AUGAAUGAAUUGAAAUGCUUGGCGUUUGAUAGAGAUUUGGAUUUUAUUUGUAUAACUGAAUCACAUUUUUCUGGGGAUUAUACUGAUGCUGAAUUAGAUAUUCCUAAUUAUAAUAUUUACAGGAAUGACUUGAAUCCAAGUGGAGGUACUUGCAUCUAUGUUCACGUAAGGCACACUGUUCAAGUUCUAGUGAAUAAAUCUAUUCGUGAUUUUAUGAGUAUAACAGUAUUCUUGGAUACUGGAAAAUUGCACUUAGUGUGUUUGUAUCGCUCACCGUCUUCAACUGUAGAACAGGAUGUACUUGUGAGAAAUUAAUUGGCUAAGUUACCUUCUACUGAUACUGAUCGAAUUAUACUUUUGGGUGAUGUUAACCUCCCUGAUGUUUGUUGGGUAACUGGCAGUGUUAAAGGCCCUGAUAAUACAACUGAUACGAAACUCAUUAACCAGCAGGAGUAUUUAGAUUGUAUUGUUGCUAAUGGAUUUUCGUGGCAUAUUACAAAUGAAAUCACUCGUAGGAGGUUUGUUUGUGGGGAGUUGCAGGAGUCUACUUUAGAUCAAAUAUUAACAUCAGAUCCUGAUAUUAUAGAUGACAUUAUUUUUGGUCCUCCUCUUGGACGUAGUGAUCACUUGACAUUGGAGAUUCGCCUUAAGCUAUAUGAUGACGCCAGUUACUUGACCUCUGUAAAGUAUAAUUGGCCGAAAUGUGAUAUUGCUAAAGUUGUAUAUUUGGGGCAACAGACGGACUGGUUCUACUCUGGUGUAUUUGAUAAUUCUGUAGAUACACAAAGUCAGGAAUUAUUGAAUAAGAUCUUGAAUAUUGUUGAUAACUCUGUGCCAACUAUUAAGCUAAAAACUACGAAGGAAGGAAUUCCAAUUAAGAAAGCGCCAUGGGAAUGCUCUAGACUUCAGCAUUCUAGGAAAGCAAAGGAUAAAGUUUUGGGGGCAUUUAGUGAUGCUGGAAAUUAUCGACCAAUUUCUCUAACUUGCAUCCUAUGUAAAGUGUAUGAAAAGCUUUUGUUUAAACAUCUGUACAGUCAUGUUAAGGGAUUUAUUAGUCGGAAUCAGCAUGGGUUUAUGGAAGGGAAGUCUUGUCUCUCUAACUUGUUGGAAUCACUACAAUAUAUUAUCAAGUUUUUGGAUGGUGAAAACUGUUACUUCUAG